AUGGGCAACGACGACGACUGCCCCGGCGGCGGCGAGACGGGAGAGCCACGGCCGAGCCGAUGCGGCGGCGGCGGCGAGAGCCCCGCCUCCAUGUCGGUGUCGGGGUGCAACCACGCCUCGCGCCUCGGCUGCUUCGCCUGUUGCUCCCGCAGAGUUGCCGAGCUGGAGAGCCGUCUCCAGGAGAAGAGCGCUGCUCUGACCGAGACCACCAACGUCUUGGAGUUGGAGUUGGAGCUGGAGAGAGCCCAGAGUCGCCUCUGUAGACUCGAGGAGAUGUACGACAAGUUGGAGGAGGAGUUCAUCCGUCUGCGUGAUGGAAAGAGGGCGAGAUAA